AUGAUCAAUUGGACAGCGAUUCUGUUGGCUGUCGGCUUAGUGGCCGUAGCCAGUGGUGAGGUACGUGAGGGUCGGUUCUUCACCCGGGUCGAUCACUUUAGUCCACGCAAUCAGGAAACUUAUCCGAUGCGAUAUUAUGCAAAUGAUGAGCACUCCUACCGUUAUGGACCGAUCUUUGUAGUUGUUGGGUCUGACGCACCCGUGGAUACGCGUUAUCUGACCCAGGGUCUGUUCUAUGAUCUAGCCUAUCAAGAAGGAGCUUUUCUGUUCGCCAAUGAACAUCGCUUCUUUGGUCAAAGUAUACCAGUUACUGACGCUUCAUCGGAAAACAUGCAAUACUUGAGCAUAGAUCAAGCAUUGGCCGAUCUUGCUGCAUGGAUCAACUAUUUGAGGGAAGUAGUUGUAGACAAUCCCAGAGCAAAGAUCAUUCUUAUGGGAUACGGACAUGGAGGUGCUCUGGCAGCUUACUUCCGUCAGCAGUACCCACACUUGUGCAACGGUGCUUGGAUUUCCAGCGGACCUGUAGAGGCCGAUUUAGCUAUCCCUGGAUUUAUGCAAUCUCUUGGUGAUACCAUCUGGAGCGCUGGAAGCAGCGAUUGUUACAAUACCAUUUUCAGUGGAUUCCUGGUGGCACAAAAUCUCAUCACCCUUGAUCGCUCGGACGAGCUGACUGAGCUGUUCCACUUGUGUGAGCCUCUCAAUACCGACGACCGCUGGGAUAGUACCGCUUUCCUGCUGGGUCUGCAAAGCGACAUCCAGUAUGAAAUGCUGCACCUGCGUAAUCUGUCGUCGACGAGCGAAAUGUGCCAACAAAUCGAAAACGACACAAUCACCAACAGCUUACACGCCCUGAAUACGUGGUUUGCCCGUGUACAUCAAUUCGAGCAGUGCGUCAAUCUCAACUUUGCAUCGUAUAUGGCUCCCUUCCUGGAAACCGAUUUCAACUCAGCUGUAUUGCAGGAUGGUCACCGUCAACGAUUGUACCUGCAAUGUACGGCAACUGGAUUCUUCCCGACAACCAGGUCCUUCUAUCAACCAUUCGGCAAUCAAAUCGACAUUGAAUUCUACGUUGAAGUUUGUCGCCAAGCAUUCGGCGAUUGGAUCACCGAAGAUAUGAUUCAGACGCAGAUCACCAGAACGAAUGUGUUGUACGGUGGAAAACGACCCAAACUUACCAACGUUCACUACACGCACGGAACGGUCGAUCCACAAAUGGCGGCUGGAAUUUUGGAAGAUGUAAACAAUGCCGCUCCGGCUAGCAUUGUUCCGGAUCAUUUCUUCGCACCGGAUUUAAGGUCCAUCGAUGCCGAACUAGAUUCGCCUGAGCUGCUUGCCGUGAAGGAAAGAACUCGCGCUCUUAUCGACAUCUGGAUAUUCGAGGAACUCGAACCCAUUGUGUCCGAAACUGAAGUUUAG